ACGAGAAAAGCUGGCUCAGCUCCGAAACCGAAGGAAGAGGCCCCGGGAGGACAGGUUCGACGAGCUCGUACGGGAUAUCCGGACACACUUCCGGGAGCGGGAGAAACUGUUCCAGGGCUUGUGGGAGGAGGAGAAGGCCCAGCGGGAGAAGGACAGGAGGCUGUGGACAGCCGAGAUGGACUGGAUUCGGCAGAUGUGGGCAAAGAGCCAAAAAGAGAGAGGAGUUGCGGGAGAAGAGGAGGAGACGAACGGGCCUCGGCUCAUAAAGGAGGAGGCCUGGAAUCUCUGCAAAGGCCUCGAAGGGGACCCCCCGAACGACACCAGCGUCCAAGAGCCCCCGCUCUUAAAGGCCUGGCUGGAGUCUCACGGCCGCAGCUUUGGGCAUUUCGUAGAUGGCAAGUGGCUGAAACCGGGGGGAAGGGAGACCUACGCCACCAAAAAUCCCACCACAGGGGAGCACUUGGCCACCACCCUCCAGGGGAAUGGAGAAGAUGUCAAAGCAGCUGUCAGUGCUGCCACAAAUGCUUUUCAAAUCUGGGGUCAACAGUCUGCCCACGUUCGAGCCCGACACCUCUACAAUGUGGCCAGGAAUAUCCAGAAACACCAACGGUUACUCAGCCUUUUGGAGAGUCUAGACAGCGGGAAACUUCUCCGCGAUGCCCGGGAUGCGGACCUGCCUUUGGUUGUCCGGCAUUUCUACCAUUAUGCUGGUUGGGCCCAGCUAAUGGAGGUGGAGAUGAAGGACUGGAAGCCUCUUGGUGUUGUUGCUGUUCUCCUCCCGCGGAACUCCCCUCUGUUGACUCUGGCUUGGAAGGUGUGUCCAGCACUGGCCAUGGGGAACACGGUGGUGCUCAAACCAGCCAGCUCAACCCGUCUGACGGCUCUGCUCCUGGCCGAGCUCUGCGCCCAGGCUGGGCUACCUCCUGGAGUCCUCAACGUUGUCACGGGUGACCAAGGGCUGGGCGAGGCAUUGGCUGCCCAUUCGGACCUUGACCAAGUGGCUUUUGCCGGCUCUGUUGAGGCGGGCCGCAGCCUGCGCUGUGCAACAGCAGGGACCGGCAAGAAGCUUUCUCUGCAACUUGGAGGGAAAUCACCCUUCAUUGUCUUCGACUCUGCUGACUUGGAUAGUGCUGUUGAUGGGCUGGUGGAUGCCUUUUGGCUGAACCAAGGCCAGGCCCACAAUGCCGGGUCUCAGCUGCUCCUGCAGGAAUCCAUUGCCAAAGAUUUCAUUCAGCGCCUGAAGCGCCGGAUGGGCCAGCUGCGUGUGGGAGACUCUCUAGACAAGGCCAUGGACCUGGGUGCCUUGGCUGACGAGAAGCAGCGAGACGCCAUUGAGAGCCUGGUGGUGGAAGCUCGGGCAGAAGGUGCUGAGAUCUUCCAAGCCUGGGCAGCCCUCCCAUCAAGUGGCCCCUUCUACCCUCCAACCUUAAUCACUGGUGUGUACACUACCUCCCGUUGCGUCAGGGAAGAGAUGUUUGGACCUGUUCUGAUAUCGCUGACUUUCCGGACAGCCAAGGAAGCAGUGGCAUUGGGAAACAGCACCCCCUAUGGUUUGGCUGCCAGUGUGUGGACGGAGACUCUUCCGCUAGCUCUGGAAGUUGCCCGCAGUUUGCAGGUUGGGACAGUUUGGAUCAACGGCCACAACAUGCUAGAUGCUGCAUCUGCGUUUGGAGGCUGCAAAGAAAGUGGCUACGGUCGAGAUGGAGGCAAAGAGAGUCUUUAUGAGUAUGUGAGACCAAAGUGGGAGAUCCGUCCAUGCUCCAGCGCUGCAGACCUCAACUGCAAAACUUUUGCUACCUCACAGGGGACUGAGGCCCCUUUGAAUCCUGGGGAGAAGAGAGUCCCACAUUCCGUAACUUCGGAUCCAGACAGGAAUUUCCCCAGCGUGGACCGAACUUACAAGCUGUACUAUGGGGGAGCCCAGAAGAGGCCGGACUCCAUGAGUUCCCGAGCAGUUCUCGACCACACUGGCAAAAUCCUGGCUUACGUGGCAGACGGGAGCAUCAAAGACAUCCGUAAUGCUGUGGAAGCGGCCCACAAGGCUGCCCCUGGAUGGGCAAAGCAGACGGCUCAUACCCGGGCGCAGAUUUUGUACUACCUGGCUGAGAAUCUGGAGCUUCGUCGAGCCGAAGUGGCGUCACAACUUGAGGCCCUGACCAGUGUGGGGAGAGAAGACGCCCUGCGGGAGGUGGACCUCAGCCUACAGCGGCUGUUCCACUGGGCAGCGUAUUCCGACAAAUACGGUGGGACCGUGCAGGAAACCGUUUUGUAUGGUGCCUCUCUUCUCUUCCGAGAGCCUGUAGGCGUCGUGGGAAUCACCUGCCCUGACGAACAGCCCCUGCUGAGUUUCAUCAGCUUGUUGGCUCCCGCCAUCAUCCGUGGCAACUGCGUGGUGAUGGUCCCCAGCGAGCGGUACCCGCUGCCCGCCCUGGAUUUCUACCAGGUACUUGACACCUCGGAUGUCCCUGGCGGAGUGGUGAACAUCAUCUCUGGAAACCAGGACCAUCUCAGUCGGGGUUUAGCGGAGCAUCAAGACGUACAAGCCGUGUGGUACUUUGGCUCCAAGGAGGGUUCCGCAGCUGUGGAAUGGGCCUCCUCUGGGAACCUGAAGAGGACCUGGGUGAAUUACGGAGCAGGGCGGCGUUGCUGGUCCGACCUGCAAGAAGGAGCGGGGGAAGAGUUUCUCUACCAAGCCACACAAUGCAAAAGCGUCUGGAUGCCCAUGGGUGAUAUAUUCGCCAACUGAGGCUCGGGAUCAGUGGGCAGAACUGCAAGGCAAUCGACAAAGGGUCGGGGAGGGGGGAGAGAACUGUAAGAGCCGAGAAU